AUGACCAAUCUUUGUGCAUUAAGUGCUCGUUUUACGAAUGAAAUGGUCUCUGAAUAUAGGUCUGCAAGAAUACGUAAUAACAUUGAUGAUGAAGUGAUUCUAUGCAAAGAUGAAGAUAUUCAAUGGUUGGUUAAUGAAUUACCAUCAACGUGUGCAAUAACUGCUUUGAAUAAACACGACGUACUUCCAUGGGAAACUCAAAAUACGAAUGACAAUUAUUAUUUGAAUGCGUUCUUUGGUUUUUCAGUAGAAAAACCAGAAGGAUGGUAUGCAUUAAGUAAUCAAGAAAUUUCUUUAGCGUUAUCAGGUAAUAUUGGAUUACAAAUAAUUAACAACACGACACUUGGUAUAACAUAUGAGAAAGCAGUAAUUAACAAAAUUAUACCUCUUUUUUAUUUUAUGGAAAAUCCACUAAAUAUACAAAAUAAUACCUUUAAUGCAAACAUUAUGGGAUUGGCUUUCAAUUUAACGGGUCAACAAAUUACAGGAGAUGUUUGCGAUUUUCUUGAGAGUUACAAUAAAGAAAUGCAAGAAAAAGGAGUGACAAAAAUGAUGGGAAGUAGUGUAUGUCAACAAAUUGAUAUAAAUGGAGUAGAAUUCAAAACGGAAGAAUUGACAUUGAAUGUGGGGAACUUACUGAUUCUUAAACAAACUGAAAUUGUUAAAAUCACAAAUAAUGGUUAUAUCUUUCUUUUCACACUAUCCUAUACCAACGAUAAAAGCAAAAAUAUACUUAAUCGUACUAUGAGUACUCUAAAAUUUUCGUGA